UGCAUCUGCAGUUGUCUCACCUAACUAGUAUUCCCUGUCCCCAACACCCACAAAAAUACAAGAACAUGUUCAGUAAGCAAGAAUUUAGAACCUUCAUGGCAGUAUUAGUUUAGCCAGGUCGUUGUACUGUUGCUGCCCCAGGCGGCUAGGUUCUUCAAACACGCGUGACAGUGACCUGUACCCUCUCCUCUUUUCUUUAUCCGUCUCCUUUGAUUUAUAUGCCACGCCUUUGCUGAACAGAAAAGCUCAGACAGAUGCAGGGAGAGAUCGAUAUCAACACGCUUUAGUCCAUACACGGGUCCUCCCUUGCCAUUAACUAAUGGCAUGCACCCCACGUUCCUGCCGAUGAGAUGAUGCGUUGCAAGUUACAAGUAGUAGAGAGGAAGGCACCAGGUAGAGGCUGGAUUGGAUUGGAUUGGCUGUUGCUGGCAGUUUCAGAAUUAUAUUGGCCCCAGUGAGCUUUGCAAAUUUAAGCAUUCUUGUUCUAGCUAGCAUUAUCCGAAGAGAGGGAGAGAUCAUUGGAUUGGAUUGGUUGAUUCCAAGGUGAGGUGAGGCGGCCAUGGGUUCUUGCGUUUCGACGACGAGGCGGCGGCGGAGGUCGAGGAAGCUGUCUGUGGCGGCGAGGAAGUUCCGCCGGAAGGUCUCCACGGCGAUCGCCGCCGCGCCCAUCGCCCGCCCCGGCGCCGGCGACGCGGCGGCGAACUGCUUCGCCCGCCACGAGGUCGUCCACGUCGAGGCGCCGGUCUCCAACGUGACGCUCCAUCUCACGCAGCUGCAGUGGCAGCAUAGCCAGAUGGACGCAGGCAGUGUGAUCUGUGAAGAAGCGUGGUACGAUUCCGUGAGCAUCCUCGACUCGGCCGACUCCGACGACGAUCUCGACAACGACUUCGCCAGCGUCAGUGGAGAUCCUCUUCCGGACGUCACCGCCGCCGCCGGCACGGCCGCGCCGCCACAGCGCAACGACGCGGCGAGCUUGCUGGACGCCGUGCAUCGCCUCAGGAGCAUCGCGAGUGCAGAGGCAUGCCAGGAUGAUCCCCACGAGAGAAGCGAAGACUCCAACGCUGCUGCUGCUGCUGCUGACGAGUGCUGCAGCGGCAGUAACCUGAAGGAAUUGCAGGGCAUGGUGGCGAGCUCGGCCCGACCGUCAUUCCCGUCGUCGAUCCCGAGCAACAAGAUCCAGCCAAUGCCGAUCGUCAGCGUCAGCCCGCACAACCAGAAGAAGAAAUCGGCCGUCGUCAGGCUCUCUUUCCGGAGGAGAUCAUACGAGGGCGAUGAGAUGACUGAAAUGAGUGGUUCUACGAACUAUCUGUACCGUCCAAGAGCUGGUUCAUCAGUGCCAUGCUCAACCGGCGAAAAACUGUCAGAUGGUUGCUGGUCAGCUAUUGAGCCGUCAGUGUUCAGAGUCAGAGGAGAAAGUUUCUUCAAAGACAAGAGGAAAUCCCCAGCUCCAAACUGCUCGCCAUACGUCCCCAUUGGAGCAGACAUGUUUGCCUGUACAAGGAAGAUAAAUCACAUUGCACAACAUCUCGCCCUUCCAUGUCUGAAGACCCAUGAGACCUUUCCGUCACUUCUCAUUGUGAACAUUCAGAUGCCUACCUAUCCAGCCAAUAUGUUUGGUGAGAACGACGGUGAUGGGAUAAGCCUAGUUCUUUAUUUCAAGAUUUCUGAUAAUUUUGACAAGGAAAUUUCUCCCCAACUAAAAGAAAGCAUCAAGAAACUUAUGGGUGAGGAGCUUGAAAGAGUUAAGGGUUUUCCAGUAGACAGCAAUGUGCCCUACACAGAAAGGCUGAAAAUUCUGGCUGGUCUCGUGAACCCUGACGAUUUGCAACUUAGUGCAGCUGAGAGGAAGCUUGUGCAAACUUACAAUCAGAAACCAGUGCUGUCUCGCCCCCAACAUAAAUUCUUCAAGGGGUCAAACUACUUCGAGAUCGAUCUCGAUGUGCACCGUUUCAGCUUCAUCUCACGGAAAGGGCUCGAGGCUUUCAGGGAGCGAUUGAAACAUGGGGUUCUUGAUCUUGGCCUGACCAUUCAGGCACAGAAGGCCGAGGAGCUACCUGAGCAUGUCUUGUGCUGCAUGAGACUGAACAUGAUUGACUUUGCCGACAACGGGCAAAUACCGACACUGAUAAUGUCUAGUGACGAAUAAAUUUCUCAUAUCAAUGAAAUUCACUAACUUUGAGAGAAAAAUCUGUACAGAUCGGGAGAUUGAAGUAGGAACUAACACAAAAUUUAUGCAGUAAGCUGCAUAAAGAUGGUGUAAAAACUCAUUAUUUGCCAAUGAAUGACAAAAGGAGCAUUCCGCGUUGA